AUGGAGAAAUCCGCCCCCCGACCUUCCCGGAAGGACACCGUUUUGAGUCGACGAUACAUCGAGGGCUUGAUCGCAGAGGGCAAACAUGUGACGAUAUUUGAGAACCGCGUUCUGAAGAUGGAUGCCUAUAUGAAGUUCCACCCGGGUGGUGAGAAGCCCAUGAAGCACAUGGUGGGCCGAGAUGCGACAGAUGAAAUCAAUGCACUUCACUCGAAGGAAGCCCGCACGAUCAUGCUCUCAUACCAGAUCGGACGAGUCGAAGGCGUCUGGUCCAACUUUCUGCCUCCAAUCCAGGGUGGCAAGUUUCGCCGGUAUACUCAGGAAGCCUGCGAAAGCAGCGAGGGGGACCUUCCCAGCCAGGACAGCUCCAGCCCAGAGAGAUCUAUCCCGCCAUCCCCGAUCUUCGAUGCGAUCGAUUCAGAAGCCACGAAUCGCCGGAAGAAGUCCACACCUGAAACCGACAGCUCGGCGAGAUCCACCCCUCCAAAUGAGGAAAACCCGUCCAAGCCGUACUUCCUGGAUGCUCGAACGAAAGAAGAGAUUAUCUUUGACACCGCCAAGUACCCGUCGCUGGAUACCGAGAGCCAGGAGAGCAUCAAGCAGAAAUAUCGCGAGCUAAACGAGCGCUUGACAGCAGAGGGAUUAUACAACUGCAACUAUUUCUCAUAUUUCAUCGAAUGCUGUCGGUAUACCUUGUUCGCAUUUUUGGCCUACUUCUUUCUGCGCCUGGGGUGGUGGGCGAUGUCCGGGUUCUGGAUCGGUUGUCUCUGGCACCAGCUUGUUUUCACUGCCCAUGAUGCUGGCCAUAUGGGUAUCACACAUAAUUUCCAUGUCGACACGGUGAUUGGGAUUAUCAUUGCUGAUUUCAUCGGGGGGCUUAGCUUGGGCUGGUGGAAGCGGAGUCACAAUGUGCAUCACGUCGUGACCAAUGAACCAGAGCAUGACCCUGAUAUCGAACACAUGCCUUUCUUUGCUAUCUCGCAUCGUUUCUUCGACAGCCUUCAAAGCACAUACUAUGACCGAAACAUGACAUUCGAUGCUUUGUGCAAGAUGACGCUCAAAAUCCAACAUUAUUCCUACUACCCCAUCAUGAUGUUGGCACGAUUCAACCUUUACCGGCUCAGUUGGGAGUACCUUCUUAAAGGUCAGGCUCCGAAGCGCGGGCCUGCCUGGUGGCACAUUUACCUUGAGAUCGCAGGUCAGGUCUUCUUUUGGUACUGGUAUUGCUACCUGGUAGUUUACAAGACAAUUCCAGACUGGGGCAGUCGGAUGACCUUCCUCCUGGUAUCCCACAUCAUCUCCUCUCCGCUGCACGUCCAGAUCACUCUCUCGCAUUUCGCCAUGUCUACUGCCGACCUCGGUGUCCGCGAGUCGUUCGCUCAAAAGAUGCUCCGCACCACCAUGGACGUGGAUUGUCCUCAGUGGCUUGAUUUCUUCCACGGCGGUCUGCAAUUCCAGGCCAUUCAUCACCUCUAUCCCCGAAUGCCGCGCCAUAACCUGCGCCGCGCUCAGAAGCACGUAGCUGAGUUCUGUCGCGACACCGGGAUUCCCUACGCUAUCUUUACCUUCUACGACGGUAACAAGGAAGUCAUCGGCCGGCUCGGUGACGUGGCAAAACAAGUCCGCAUUCUUGAAGAGUGCCGCAAGUCGAUUGCGAAGGAGGGCGUGUUCUCCCAUCACUAA